AUUGCAUUGAAGACUUUUUUCUUUUUGUCCAUUGCACUUUUCUCGCAAAGUAGAUAACUAAGGGUGAAAAUGAAAAUACGAUAAAAUACACACAGGGGAUAGUAAGAGAUUAACCUUAAUUAAAGGGGGUUUAAGGGGUGAACUUAUCCUCUGCUAUCGUCACACUUUAUUUGCUUGCGUGUGCAUGACGUGCCGCAAAAAAAGGGAAUAAAAGAAUUGGAGAGAGAAGUAGUGGAAAAGAGACAGACGAGGGACGUGAAACAACGUAGACGAAGAGUCCACAGAAAGAAUAGUCUAAUACAAGAAGUACAUUGGCAGGAUGAUUCCUGAAUUACGUAUAUUGUACUAGGUCUGCACCCUCACAGGGUGUUGCGCAAUCUCACAAAAUCUACCGCUGAUUUUGCUGCUUUUCAGAAGUAUGAGGUAUCAUUUAAUGCUCAAAUGAUGACAUGAUAAAUGCAUUUGUGAUGGGAGAAAUUGCAAAUGUGACGAAAGGUGAGGAUUGUGUUUAUGUAGAAGGAAAUUUUUUUGAAAUAAAAACUUUGUGGAAAAUUGAUGGAGUGUAUAAAACCACCCUAUAUUUGGGAGCAAUAGAGUGCGCGCGCAUACUCUAUCGACCGGCCGUCUAAAAGGGCGGAACUCCUUUUUCUCUGGUUGCAAGUCAGCCAGGAUUUCAGUCGGUGCGAAAUUUUCAUGAAAAAUCAGUCAUUCCCAUUAAGAAUUCCGAGUUUAAAAGAUUUUAAAAAAUCUUCCAAGUGCACAGACAUUUGGUAUUUGUUGGUAAAUGGGGUGUGGUGGCGGUGCGUGAAGUGGCAAAGUGUUAAAAAAGAAAAAAUGAUUGAGCCCCCUUGAGGUGUCCGACAUACCCGGAAAGUGAGAAAUACAUGGAUUGAAUGGCUCCAAAAAUGAUCAAAUUGUGUAUUUUUUUCAUUAGUAACACCGCAAAAACGUGCUUAAUGACGUACACCCCAUGGAAGCUUCAUUUCCCUGUUUAGCCAAUCUUUUCAGUCGUGAUGUGGAAUAUAAAAGACGCAAAGACUAAUUACAUGGGUGUGUACAUGGUAAAUGGUGCUUGUGUGGCUCAAAGUCUGCUGUAAAGAAAUGUUAAAUUUAAUUUUGAUUAAUUCUCCUAAAGCCAAAAAAACAACAAAAUCUUUAAUACCAAAAAGUGCGUGAUUUUAUUGAAAAAAGAAAAAGAUAUACUGUAAAAAGGAAUUGGUAGAACAUUCCAAAAUUUUGGGGAUGGUGGUUUGAGAAAGAUCCCUCUAGAGGGUAUGGGUGGAGUAUCCGCACCGCAGCAACACACUUGCAAACUAAUAAUUCAUGUAUGAUUCCAAGACAUUGGUAUAGAAUUAUUCAUUUAACCUUCCAAAAUAUGUUCCCAAUUUACCCUCAUUGUGAAUCUAAUCUCCUUCUUUGAGAAUCACCAUUUCUUUCUUCCUUAUACGUUUUAUAUACAUAGAAUAUGUAGCGGAAGAGAAACAAUAUUCCCUUAAAUAUACAUAUAUUUACGAAAAUUCAAGCAGAAUAUUGGUGGAGUUUCCCAAUAUAGACUAACACAUUAUCAGUUAAUUUUCUCAUAUUUUAUAACAAUUUGAUGGAAAUAUUUGUACUAUAAUAGGGAUGUGUACGUAGGAAGACUUGAUCUUAAAAAUCAGACAAUACAGUAUUCACAGAGUGAUACAUUCAAGAUCUAAAGUUUUCUUAUAUUUAAAAAUUAUCAUUUUUUCUGGAGUUCUCUCCCUUUUAAAAUUUCAUUUAAAUAAUAAAUGAUAUUUUCUCAAAUUAAUUUAAAGCUAAAGAAUUUUAUAUAAUAAAAGGAAGUAAGUAGAAUUUUGGGAUACAACAACGUGAGGCAUUUUUACAGAAAAAAAAAAGUGUAUCUAGAAGCAGUUUUUCGCAAGGUUUUUACUCAUACAAACCAGGAUAUGUCCUGAAUGCUCUAACUAUUCCACUCUGUUUGAUCCUUAAAAAAAUUUUGAGAUGUUUUAAUAAAUCCGGGAUAGAUUUAGUUUUUAGAAUGAGAGUUUGAGGGAGUGGCCGAAUCAAAUUUUGUGAAAACGUUAUUUGAUCUCUGAGUAAGACAUUGUACCAACGAAAAAGUGGAAUUUAUUUGGUACUAAUUCUUUCUGUAUUUAAAUGCGAACCUAAGAAAAUCUAAAUGGUAUCUUAUGCUUUAUUGCUCAAAGUUGAGAGUAAUAAGCAAAAAAAAUCAUAGACAAUAUUAGUCAUAUAUAGUGAAGAUUUUUAUCCGCUACUUACUCAACCCAAUCUCUUUCAUUUGAACACGUUCCUUGAAGCUUUUCAUAUAAAUAUUCUUUCUUUCUCCAUCUUUUACUUCACAGUAUAAUCCCCAUUUGAUUGCAUAUAUAUUUCCACCACCCACGCUUCUUUUAUUUUCUCGCCACAUGCUCAGACGGCAGGGCACUGAAAACGUGAGGCAGUGCGGUGUUUUUGCUCAAGUCUGCGGUGUUUUCUGUCUGUACGGCGGGGGUGUCAAAAAGGGGACUACAUAGUGCUUUUGCUCUUUGUCGCACAUUGCCUCGCACCGUGCAUAUACAUAUUUCAUGGAAAACUUUCUGUGGGAGGAAAUGAUGGGUAAUGGAAGAAGUGUCGAUAUAAGAGAUGAAGAAUAUAUAUAAGGGGAUGAAGUAACGUACAUGUUACUUAUGUAUGAAAAAAAAGUUGAGUAAAUUUUUCUAACAAUAAUGUUAUACAGGCUGGGAUUCAAUGGGAUGAAAAAAAAUUAAUUACACCCAUUUUCCAUGUCACGCGUAAGUUCCCUAUACACUUCUUUUUCAUCACGUUCUACAUAAUUUCCAUUUCAUGAGUUAUCGAUUUAAUAACUUUACAUCUUUCGGGAUGUUAUGAUACAGAUAUGAAUAUAAAAUGUAGGUAUUUUUUUUUAAGAAAAGCGAGAUUCGAUGCUUUCAAGAUAAAAAAUUUAAAAUGAAAAUAUGUUAAUGCUCCCAGUUAGGAUCAAAUUUAUAGCAACAACAAGAGGUAUAUUACUGUACGAAAAUAUCAUUGUAAUAAUAGUAAAUUUAUUUUAAAUAAGAAUGAAAAUGAGGGUAUAAGAGAAUGAGAGAUUUAUUUUUCUGAAUUUUAAUAAUAGAUUUCACGUCAUUGGAAAUUCAUAGAUUUAUAUACAAACGUUGAAAAAAGAAAAGGAUAAAACUCGAGUGAUCUUACGAGAGCAACUCUGGAGUGAAAAGAUGCUGAAAAAGGAAGAGGGUGUAACAGCAUCGUACAAGAAGCAAUUUAAAUGUAAUUUUAUUCCUUUGUUCACUUGCUUUCUUGUAACUUUCCUUUUUCGCGUUUUCUUCAAUCAUUUACUGGAAAUAUUAUUUUUCAAGGGAAAAUAACCAUUUCUAAUUUCAUUUUUUACACCCUGCUGGUGAAUAUAUUUAAACUCUGAUUUACUUACAUCAUCUGUUUUCAUCUUAGGGGGUGGGAAAUUGUUAUUUUUUUUAUAGGUAAAUAGAACAGGGAGCAUAAAGUAAAUUAUGAGUUAAAUCUCAUUCAGGGAUUUUUAGACUUACCCGAAAGUAUAGAUUUCUUUGAAUUUUUUAGAAGUGUGAAGGUCUUUUCAUAAUUAAAUUAUAGCUCUUUCUUUUGACCUGUUUGAUCUCUCCACCGACAUAAAAAUAGAAUCGAAAUUAUUGGAAAAGAAUCAUGAAUUGGGAUGAAAAUUAUAGAAAAGGUCUUUAUAGAUUUCACUAUUGGUACCCUAAUCAUUACAGUCUUUGGAAAAUUCUAAACAAAUCAAUUUUCCAAAUUCUUCAAAGGAAAUGCUUUAAAAAAUUUACAGUUUUUUUUUAAUUAUAAAGAAAAAUGAUAAAAUGAUUGAAGACAUUAAUGUGGGAAAAAGAAACUAAUAUGGCGAAUAUAAAAGUAAAAGAAAGUGUAUUUAUCAAAGCGUGAUUGAGACUGCUAUAAGUCAAAUAUUAUCAAUAUCCUUGUGAUGUUAAUCCGGUGGAAGAGUAAAGAUAAGAAUUCAUCCUCGUCGUCAUCGUCGAGUAGCUCCAAGAAGAAACGCAAUAAAAGUCGAGAUGGAAGUACAGGAGGAGGAGGAAGUAGCAGCGGUACCACCGGGGGAGGAGAAGAAGACUGGCAAAAUGAUAAGAGUGGAACGUCAAGCGGAAGAGCUCAGCAGCAAGAGCAAGCUGCUGACGACCGGAGGCGAGGUGGACGCCGUGAGGAUCCAAGGAGACACACCCUUGGCGGUGGAGAUAUGAUGCACUAUGGCCCUGGACAGGGACCACCGCCACAGAGGACGAUGGAUCUGGAGAUGGGGACACGUUCGCAAAAAGUGAAAAAGGCGCCUCCGGUUCGUGGAUAUACGCCAAUGAAUCAGGGUCCCCUCUUUGAUGACGAUCCCGGGAUUAUGUCUGAAGUUGAAACAGCAAGUACGGGAUUCAGAAGAGGUGGGAAACAGAGAUCAUCAUUGCCUGUUGUCAGGACACCAUCGAAGACUUUAGAACGUCCUUUGGGUUUAGUAUUCCUUCAGUAUCGUUCUGAAACAAAGAGAGCACUCCUGCCCAAUGAAAUUACAUCCAUUGAUACGGUGAGAGCACUCUUUGUGCGAUCUUUCUCGCGGCAAUUAACGAUGGCGUACCUAGAAGGACCUACUGUAAAAAUAUAUAUUCACGACGCUAGUAAGGAUAUGUUUUACGAGCUAGAAGAUGUAAGGUCACAUUUGAGGGAAAUUAGAGAUAGGUCUGUGCUACGUUUGUUUGAAUCAAAUGAAGUUCAGCAGCAUCACCUAAUACCAGGUGGACCCCUUCUACCGCCACAACUUCCUCCAUUGGGUGCUAUUCCAUGGGAUCAGGAUCAGAGCUACUUCAGUGAACCCGAAUUUGAUUCUGAAUUCCAACAUCAACAUAUACACAAGGGAAAGGGUGGAAAAGCACCCUACUAUGUGGGAGCGGCACAAACACUGCCUCGUGGAAUGUAUUCGGAUCGCAACAAAAAUGCUGUGGGAGUACCAGCGAAACCAUUACGUUCUUAUGGUUCACGGGGCAGCAUGGGCCCUGCAUUUCCCUAUCCUCCGGAUCAACUAUACAGUAUCCCAGAUGGAUAUAUGAGCUCCCCAGAGAGAGGUACUCGAACGGGUUACGAGGAGCCCUACUACAGUCAAUAUGGUACACGUGGAAGUACUGUGACGCCAAUCAUUGAUGAAGAGCACACUGAUGCCAAUCUCACUGAGGAUCAAUAUGCGCUGUAUGGUGUUAAAAUAUCAGGCAGAAUACCAAGGAAUCCCAAUCAAAUCUAUGAUCCAACAAGACCUGAAGAUUUGCAUAGAAUUCGAGUGGAGCACAUGGAACGUCAAUUGGCCAAUUUAACUGGACUAGUCCAGAAGGCACUCAAUCAGAAUCCACAAAUUGCCCCAAUGUCCAAUAUCAAUCAACCUGGAUAUUUGAAUGUUCCCGGACAAUGCAGAGGUGUUCCGGAUGAGAUUGAAGGGCACUCAAGCAAUAGUUCUACUUCCAUACCAGCUAACGGCACGAUGGAUGAUACGUAUGUUAGAGAAAAACCGCCAAAGCUGGGCAGAACUUCAUGUCAUAAAUCAGUAUCAUUUGAGAAGUCAGUGUCAUUCAGUGAUGACAUCCAGGGAGUGCCAAAAUCUCAUAGUCCACAGCAUCCCGCUGAUUCUAAACCGCCGAAACCGGCCAUAAAAUCUUCAACACUCCCGAGAACGUCGUCACAAGAACGUGAUCGCAAUAAGCCUCAGCCACCACCUAAGCCACUUGCUGUUGCCAAUGCUCAUCCCAAUUAUCGUCCUGACCUGGCCCUUGCUCCGGAAGUGUACAACCAUUUGCGUGGGCUGCAGAAGAAGGCAAAGGAUUUGCGGACUGAAAUGCGAACGUUGCGUCGUUUGUCACAGGCACAAGCUCUAGCCGUACGAGAGGACAUUAAGGAUACAUUUAUGCGAAUUAGGGCAACACUACUGGCCAGCAGUAAUGCGUACUGGGGUCAAGGGGAUCAAGAUCAAACGCGCCUUUCGCGCGAUGAGGAACUCUAUAAACAGGAAGUGGUGCGCCUUGAGAAGGAUCUCAGUGAUUUGGAAUCAUCAGUUGAGGGUCUUCGUGGGGAGGUGAUUAACAGGAGGACACGUGUUAAUAUGGCAGCUGUUGAGGAUAUGGCAUUGGUGCUAAGUCGUGCAAGCAAAACUGUUGCGGAAUUGAAGAUGCGAUUUCCAAGUUUGCAGAAUGGUUUGCGGAAUAUAUUGGCAAGUGAAAUGGAGAAAGUGGUGCGUGAAGAGAAAUUCCUCAAGGAGGAGCCAGAACGUCUCGAAUCAGCACUGAGGAGAUGCAAGAAACUCACUGGAACACUCGUUACCCUAAAAAGGUUGGCAAGUGUUCAGGAGCAAAGAACUUGUGUUGAACCCCAGCAGGAUACACCAGAGACAACACGAACAACUGAAGUGCAGACGACGAAUAAGCCAAUCCCAAGUCCCAGGUUGGGGACAGUCUCUAUCAGCGGGGGAGUCGCACCCGAAAACGCACUCGAUGCCCUGUUAGAUGAAUUGCAGACAUUCGCUAAGCCACCAGGCGCCAAUUCGGAGAUUCGUCCAGAUGACUCCACCUCAGACGACAGCUCCCAAACCCUCCAAAACACCGUAACUACCCAACUUUCUCAAUCUAGUCUCUAUCCUUCUGAUCCAGCUGCUACAAAUGUAGGUCUGAGGCGUCUACACUCCUACCCAAGCGGCUCAGAUACGGACACAAGUCCCCCACAGCCGAGGCCCGUUGGGAAGCCCCCUGUACCAGAGCGGAAUGCCGAACUACUCCAAAAGGUGAGCGCCAAACGUAUACCACCACCACCGCCACCACGGACAAGUUCACGGAGUCCCCUGGCCAGUCCAACGAGCCCCAAUCUACCAAUUCGUUCAGCAUCCGUGGACAAUUGCGAACCCCCGCAGUUGGAUACAAAUUCCGCAAGUAGCAACGAUUCAGUCAAUUCGCAGGAUCAGAUGCAGCGUCAAAUGGUGCUUGAGCUACGACAUCAGGAGUUGCUGAAGAAGCAAAAACUGCUGCAGGAACAGUACGCGCGAUUGCAGCAAAUGAGUAAGAAUAGCAUAGCACUGCCACCGAAUGCCAAUACUGAGGCGCAACUCAAGAAGACGGGCAGUGAAUCGAAUUUGCCACAGAAGAUGGGACUCAAUAUGGCAAUUACGGGUUCCAUGAAAAAUCUCCACAGUGAUACCCUCGUGGAGGCUCAUGGUGGUGCAAGGGUCACCAAUAAUGGUGCCCACACCGGAACGACCACCAGUAAAGUCUAUGAGACAGAAAUUCUAUAGCAAAACGGGAAGAGGUGGAGCGAAACUGAUAUCGAUGGUACGCUGUAAGUUUUUCUUUUUCUUUAAGAAUAUCCCAAUUCUUACGAAAAAUUCUCUCAGGGAUGUACUCAAUGUAUAUUUAUUACCCUUUAGCUGACCUUUAGUUUUUCUAGGGAUUUUAGGACUCAAUAAAAAUGAAAAGUUAGAGGCAUUAGGGGCAGAGUUAAACUAGUUUUUUUUUUAAACUUAAUUUAAAGUCUCAAAGAGAUGAGUGAAGGAUCCCUUUGUGAUUGAUAAACUAAAGCUCUAUGAAGGGUAAAUUUUUUUUCAUAUUUAAAUAUAGAUUUGAUACUAAACGAUUAUUAGGGGAGAUCUGAGGUAAAAAAAAAAAGUCAAACAAAGGUUUAGGAAAAAAAAUCAGAAACUCUUAUAUACCGAAGGAGUCUAAGAAGUUACAGGAAAAUUUCUUUUGCAGAAUGAUCUUCAUUAUUGUGUUGUUUAACUUUCUGAGCCUCAUUUUCCCCUAAAUCCAUUUCAAAUAUUUGCUACCCGUAAAAAGUUUCUGGAGAGCAAAAAUUAUUUCUUCUGCUGUGGUUUAGCAACUUAAAAAAUCCAACGAAAACUCAAUUACUGGCAGAUUUUAAAAAAUUGGUUGAACACAGCAGGAGUAAUAAUUGUUUAGAAAAAUCAUAAUUUUGGCUUAUACCUGGAAACUUUUUGCGCGUAGUGUAAUUAAUUUAAAUUUUAAAACAAACAAAUUUUAACCUUUUACAAUUUUUUUAUAUAUUACAAAUAGCUUCUCUUGUUCAUUUGUACAUCUCUGAGAUAUAUCAUUUUAAAUUAAUCUCUUCACGCACGUCAAUCCAUUAAAAAUCUUCGUGUCCAAUAAAAGCAGACUUAUCAACAAAAGAAACCCAAAAUAUUAUGCAAAAAUAAACAUUUUAUAACCAAAUAAUCUCACAUUUGACUAAAAAGAUGUCUCCUCGUCGUAUGAAAAAGAAUCCCACACACAAUUCACAAUGUAUCAACGUUUUAAGAAAAAGAAAAGAGGAAUAAACUAAAUGUAAUAAUUAAGAAAAGUAUGCAAAUCUAGGGAAUUUAAUCAAUAUUAUAGAACACACAUCUAAUUAAUGUCACAUUUUGCUCACUAAUCACACGAGAUUAAAAUAAAUAAUAAUACAUUGAAGACAUUGCGAUUUGUGGUGAAAAAAAAGAGUGAUGGUUUAAUGCUAAAUUAUACAUGGUUUAGGACACGGUAUUAAUAACAAGAAAACAAAAAAAUGAGAUUGAGAUAAGAAUAGAACAGAGAGAAGAUAGUUGCAGUAGUUGAUUGAUAGUUGAUUAGCUCCACCACCAGUUUGUGCCAAUCUUUUUUAUUAAUAUUUUUGCAGUAAUAUUUAUUAUAUAAUACAAUAUACAAAAAAAAAAGAAAAAGCAAAAAUAUAUACAUCCUCAAAAACAAUUUACAAAAUCAACAUUUAGAAAGAGAAAAUUCAAUUUUUUUCAUCUUAUCUCCUGCAUUUUCAUUAAAAUCCUUUACAAAAGAAAAUCAAUAAGAUUGCUUAAAAAAGAUACCUUUAAAUGAAAAUUAUUUUACACUAAAAAAUGUUAUGUGCGCUUAAAAAGUGUUUAAAGCGCACUUUUUUGUGUUUUCAGUAUAACACAUAAUUGCAUUUUUUUUUUUGCAAAAUGUUUUUAACUUUUUUUGUGAAUAUAUGAAGAGCCCUAGAAAACUUAUUUAACUAAUAAUGCAUUUAAAAAAUAAAUAAUAAGAUCUGUAAAUUCAAGAAAAUUUUAAAUUCUCAAAAACAAGUUUUUGAGAAUAUUUAAUAGGUAUGUCUUUCAUGUGUUAACUAACUUUCAUUUAGGUACCUUUUUUGAGAAGAGAAAACUUUUUAAAAAAUUAUCAAAGUAGAUUUUUCAAAAUAUUUAUACUCAAAUUAAAAAAAAAUUGCAUCGUCAGCAUUUUAGUCAGCAAAGAAAUACAUCGAAUGUAUCCUAUAUAGACACAGAGAUCCCGUAGAUAAAAAAAAGAAUACAUAAAUGGUAUCCCCCAAGUAAUAAUGUCUUAAUCAUUAAAAACAAAAACAAAAAUGAAAUUAAAUGAUUUACCAACAUAAAAUAUUAAUGAAUGUCUUAUUUAGGGCAUAUAUCAAUGGAUACUCAAUUGAUAUUAAAUCAUUACUUAAAUGGACAGAACUAAUGGAAAAAAGUGAGGAUGAAGGAAUACUCUGCGUUAUAUGAAGCCCCAGUGUGUUUGGGAUGAAUGAAAAACCAAAAAAAAAAAGUAUUACUAAUACUAAACGGAAAAGUAAAUGGAUAUACACUAUUUAUUAUAAUGAAAAAAAUGUAAUAAAAUAUAAAAUGAUGGAAAAAUGAGGAAAAUAAUCAAUUGCAAUUUGUUUUGUUUUUUUUUUUGUUGUUUUAAAAAAUCGGUAAAUUAAUAAUAUUUAUUAUAUUUUUCCAAUAUUUUCCUAUGCGUAAAAUUUUUUCUCAUAAUAUAUUACGCAUUAUUAUGCAAUGUAAAUAUUUAUUUAUGAUAGAAAAAAAAAUUUAUAGUAGAAGAUAAAGAAAAAUUAUGUAUGGUCUAAAUAUUAAAUUAAAUGAAAGAAAAAAAUCUCAAUUUUAGUCACUGAAGGUUUGUGCUAAGUUAGCAUCGUUCGGAAAACGGAACAUAAUUAGGGUAAAAGCUGUUAAUAGAGAGAAAAAAAUGGAAAAUAUGAAAAAAUGUAUUUGUGUUGAAGUUUUCACUAAAAAAAUAUAAAAUGUAAAAUAUGAAAAAAAAGAAAUUGAAAAACCAAGUACUGAAAAAUCAUGUAAUUAAUCUCAUAUUAAAAAACAUUUCCAAAAAAAAAACUUUUUAAAAAGAAAAUUUGGAAAUAACUUGCACUAAAUUCAUCUUUUAGAGAAGAUAAUUUUUUUUUCAAUAAAUUCUUCCCAUUGAAGUAAAUUUUAUUACUUAUAUACAUAUUUACUUAAUGUACCCUCUAUUUGGAGGAAUUCACAUACAUUUUGUGGUAAUGAUGACUUUUAGUGCACGAAUUUUUGCAAAGAAAAAAAACAAGAAGUGAAAUUUUCCGUUUGGGGAAAAAUUGCAAAAAAAAUGUGAAAUAAAAUCAAUAAGGAAUGAUAUAUAAACAUUUACAAUUUAAAACAAA